AUGUCGCCAAACCAGCCCCAGCCCAGCUUCGUCCACGCCCUCCUGGCCGGCGGCGUCGCAGGCACGACCGUCGACCUCAGCCUUUUUCCCCUCGACACCCUCAAGACCCGCAUGCAGUCUAGCGAGGGCUUCUUCGCCUCGGGCGGCUUCAAGGGCAUAUACCGCGGCGUCGGCAGCGCCGUCGUCGGCUCCGCCCCCGGCGCGGCCUUCUUCUUCUGCACAUACGAGGGCGUCAAGGACAUCUUGGCCCGGCGGCGCAGGGAACGGGAGAGCAACAUCCAUCUGCUCUCGGGUGGCCUGGACGGCAAGGUCGCGCCAGUGCCAGGCUGGUCGGCAGAGGCCCUCGAGCACAUGGCUGCCGCGUCCCUCGGCGAGGUCGCUGCCUGUGCGGUCCGCGUCCCUACCGAAGUCGUCAAGCAGCGCGCCCAGGCCGGCUUGCACUCGAGCUCCCUCCUCGCCCUCACCUCGAUCCUCUCCCAGCGCUCGGCGAUAGGCCUCGCGGGCGUCUGGCGCGAGCUCUACCGUGGCUGGGGCAUCACCGUCAUGCGCGAGGUCCCGUUCACCGUGAUCCAGUUCCCGCUCUGGGAGGCCCUCAAGUCCUGGUCCCGCCAGCGCAAGGCCCUCGAGCUCCAAGCCUCUCUCCCAUCUUCCAUCCCGGGCAGCAGUUCCUCGGCCGCGAGCGCUGCUGCCACGAUCGACGUCAGCGCCGCCGAGAGCGCGCUGUACGGGUCCGCCAGCGGCGCCGUCGCCGCGGGCAUCACGACACCCCUCGACGUGCUCAAGACGCGCGUCAUGCUCAGCAAGGAGCGCCAGGGCGUGCUCACCGUGCUCAAAGACAUAUACCGAGCCCACGGCGUCCGCCCCUUCUUCGCCGGCAUCGGGCCCCGCAUCAUGUGGAUCAGCGCCGGAGGCGCCAUCUUCUUGGGCAGCUACCAAUGGGCGGUCAAUACCUUGUCCGGUAGUGUCGUAUAA